UUAUGAAAUCUUUGAUUGGUUCUCAUGAUUCUUAACAAAUUUUUAACGUUAUGGCCAUUGAGACCAAGUGCCAUGACCACGUUGAUUAAGCCUACGAUAUCUAAUGACAGUAAUGAUAGCUAAUAGAUAAUAAAUAUAAUAAUGGACACAGGACCAAAACAGAGGCGCCAGAUAAAUCCACGUUAUACGGCGAACAUCUUUUCUAUUCUGACAUUUGGGUGGACAUUGGAGACGUUCAAACUAGGUUACAAUCGCGAUAUCGCCAGCAGUGAUUUAUAUGCACCUCUACCAGAACACCGGUCGGAUGUUUUAGGUGAUGCUCUGCAGAGGGCCUGGGAACAUGAAGUGCGCACGAGCUCCAAUCGCUCACGAGACUCGAAGCCUAGUUUAUGGAGGGCGUUGAUUAAAGUCUUCGGAGCCGAGUUCAUGCUCUAUGGACUGAUCCUCGCAGCCAUGGAGUUCAUCAUACGGCUGCAGCAACCACUGUUCUUGGGUCUAGUGCUCCGUUACUACAACCCAAUCCAAGAUUCCCACAACAACACGAACCGCUAUGUGUCGCGACUGUUCCACUACUACGAGGCGGCGGGCGCGGUGAGCUGGGGCGAGGCGGUGUUGUUCGCGCUGGGCGUGGUGCUCACCAGCGUGGUCAACGUGCUCGUGCAGCACCCCUUCAUGAUGGCCGCUAUGCACAUCGGCAUGAAGAUGAGAGUUGGCGUUUGCAGCUUGAUUUAUAGAAAGGCUCUGAGAGUGAGUCUGCAGACGAUGGCCGACAACGGCGCGGGGCUAGUGGUCAACCUGAUGGCAAACGACGUCAAUAGAUUCGACACGGGACCUUUAUUCGCACACUACCUAUGGAUCGGGCCCCUUGAGACCUUGAUCAUGACUAUGUUCUUGUAUCGAGAGCUGGGUAUGGCAGCCGUAUACGGAAUCCUUACAAUUGUAGCAGUAAUUCCAUUCCAAAUUUUUCUGGGAACACAAACGGCGUACUUCAGACUAAAGACGGCGCUGAAAUCGGACGAACGAGUCAGGCUGACGAAGGAGAUCGUCAUGGGAAUAGAAGUGAUCAAGAUGUAUACUUGGGAGGAACCGUUUCGGAGGCUAAUAGAUGAUGUUAGGAGGCAAGAAAUCCACAACAUCAAGAUGACGUCGUAUAUCCGCGGCGUGAUAAUGUCGUUCAUAAUGUUUACGUCCCGGUUCGCCAUCUUCGUGACGGCGCUGGUGUUCGCCGGCACGGCGCCGCGCGUCACCGUCGAGACUGUCUUCUUUAUCACCUGCUACUACAACAUCAUCAAGCAAACCAUGACGCUGUUCUUUCCACAGGGCGUUGGACAGAUAGCGGAAAUGAACGUUGCCGUACAGAGGAUACGAGACUACUUGAUAAGUGAAGAAUGCCAUUUCCCUCCAAAAACGUUUCAGCCGAGUGGAGGAGCUCCCGAAACUAGCAAAAAACGUGUGACAAUCGUUGUCGAUCCGAAAGUACCUGCUCGCACGCCAGCGCCACCCGUCAACCAGGCUAGCACCUCAAACAUUGAAGCUAACGAUAAACAUCAAUCAUUGGAUAAAGACAAGGUGAUGGUAAACUUCGAGGGCGCCUCAAGCAGCUGGAUAAAGUCGAGCGACCAGUAUGAUGCAGAAGACAUUAAUCUUCAGAUCUUUCCUUGUUCGUUGACGACGAUAAUCGGCGCAGUGGGGUCGGGCAAGUCGACGCUGCUACACAUGAUCCUGGGGGAGCUGCCAUGCCGCGCCGGCUCGCUGACUAUUGCCGGCUCCGUCAGCUACGCCAGCCAGGAGCCCUGGAUGUUCGUCGGAUCGGUGCGCCAGAAUAUUUUAUUUGGCCAGCCGUUUGUAAAGACCCGCUACAUGGAGGUGUGCAAAGUGUGCGCGCUCGAGAGGGACAUCUCGCUGUUCCCCCACGGAGACAAGACUAUUGUUGGCGAGCGCGGCGUGUCCCUGAGCGGCGGGCAGCGCGCGAGGAUCAACUUGGCCAGAGCCAUUUAUAAAGACGCGGAUAUAUACUUAUUGGAUGACCCACUUUCAGCGGUGGAUACUCAAGUUGCUAAACACAUAUUUGAGAAAUGUAUAAAAAGGUACUUGGCAAAUAAAACCGUCGUUUUAGUAACUCAUCAAAUUCAAUUUAUCAAGUCUGUGGACAAAAUAGUAAUAAUGGACAAAAGCAAGAUACUCGUAGAAGGGGCUCUCAAAAAUUUGAACAAGCAGGAAUUGAGCCUGAUCCGCGUGAUGACGGACAAGGUGCGGGAGGUGCACGAGGAGGAGCCGGGCGCCGGCGCGGUGCCCUCGGUCGCGCAGCCCAGCGCCUUCAGCGCCUUCCGCAAGCACUGGUCCCUGCUGCUGGACGACAAGCAAGCGGAUCAAAAGCCAGAAGUAGAAGCUCAAACACAAGGGAGAGUGAAAGGUUCCGUAUACAAAGAGUACUUCUUGGCCGGCGCGGCGUGCCCGUACGCGUCAGCUGUCGCGUUCAUGUUCCUGUUUGCGCAACUCUGUGCCAGCGCUAGCGACUUCUGGCUCAGCCAAUGGAGCAACGCUGAAGACCGCUUGACUGGUGAUACCACCGUUGACAACAUUAUUUGGUCAGAGAUCGGCUUGAGCCGUCAGUUCUUUGUGUUGAUAUUUGGAAUCCUCACUUUGGCUACUGUGAUUGUCGCUUUGCUAAGAGCGUGCAUGUUUUUUUCGCUGUGCAUGAUGUCGUCUAUAAGACUGCAUGAUAAAAUGUUCGAAUGUAUUUCCCGGUCACCUAUGAGUUUUUUCCACGCGAAUCCAUCAGGAAGAAUUCUAAACAGAUUCAGCAAAGAUUUGGGGGCGGUGGACGAAUUACUACCACAAGCUAUGAUUGAUUGCUUUCAAAUAAUCUUAAAUUUGAUCGGUGUCAUCGUCGUCAUCCUCGUGACUGACAUCACUCUACUGAUUCCAAUAACAGCUGCCAUCAUGAUAUUUUAUAUAUUAAGAGUAAUUUACAUCCGAACGAGCGGCGCAGUAAAGCGCCUCGAAGGCAUCACGCGCAGCCCCGUGUUCGGGCACCUGACGGCCACGGUGCAGGGGCUGAGCACGGUGCGCGCGUUUGGCGCGGAGGCGCUGCUGGCGGCCGAGUUCGACCGCCACCAGGACCUGCACAGCGCCGCCUGGUACCUCUUCAUCACCUGCAGCCGCGCUUUCGGAUACUUCCUCGAUAUCAUCUGUCUGCUCUUCAUCGUUUGUGUCACUUUCGGUUGUAUCAUGAAAACUGACAUAGAUGCAAGUGCGGUGGGACUGGCGAUCACGCAGUCGAUAUCUCUGACUGGCAUCUUCCAGUGGGGCAUGCGCCAGUCCGCCGAGAUGGAGAACCAGAUGACCAGUGAGCGAGUGCUGGAGUACACUAACCUCACACAGGAAUCCGCUUUGAGAGCCGAAGAAAACGCUAAACCUCUUCCCGACUGGCCACCCGAGGGCGCCAUUCACUUCGACCAGCUGAGCCUGAGGUACACGCCGGAGGGCCAUUACGUGCUGCAUAAACUGGACUUCAACGUAGAACCGCACGAAAAGAUCGGGAUCGUGGGCAGAACUGGCGCCGGGAAGUCAUCCAUCAUCCAGGCCCUGUUCCGGCUCGCGUAUUUAGAAGGAGUGAUCAGCAUCGAUGGUGUCAACAUAUCUUCUAUCGGCCUCCACGAUUUGAGGGAAAAAAUAUCCAUCAUUCCGCAAGAGCCAGUAUUGUUCAGUGGUACCAUGCGAAAAAACUUGGAUCCGUUUGGCGAAUACACUGACGAUACCUUGAUGAGCGCGUUGAGCAAAGUGGAGCUUAUUUCUGAAGGCGAGGACCCAGUGCAUGCACCAGAUGCGCUGGACAAGAUAGUAGCGGAAGGCGGUUGCAACAUGAGCGUGGGGUCGCGGCAGCUGGUGUGCCUCGCGCGCGCCAUCGUGCGCGCCAACCGCGUGCUGAUGCUGGACGAGGCCACGGCCAACGUGGACCCGGCCACCGACGCGCUCGUGCAGGCCGCCAUCCGCACGCACUUCCGCCGCUGCACCGUGCUCACCAUCGCGCACCGGCUCAACACUGUCAUCGACUCCGACAAGAUAUUGGUGUUGGACGCCGGGCGGCUGGUGGAGUUCGCGGCGCCGCACCUGCUGCUGCAGAACGCGAAGGGCGCCUUCAGCCGCAUGGUGGAGCAGACCGGCGGCGCCAUGGCCGCGGCGCUGCGCAAGGCGGCACGGGAGGCUUACAAGAAGACGCAAGAAUGAAUGAAACCUCAUCUUCCUUUAAAAUAUAUAUUUAAAACAUUAUUUAUAAUAAAUAUAAUAAUAUACUAUUAUAUCAACUUAGUUACAUUUCAA